AUGGACGAGCUCUUGCAGUGCGACCUGCUUCAGCAGGUCCUGGCGGAAACGCAGGGAGAUCCCCCCCCGCGCCCGCCCUCGCCGGAGCACAAGAACAAGCCCAGCAACCAGCCCGGGCCCGUGGCCCCCUUCAGCUUCAGCGGCCUGCCCCCCGAGAUCCGGCUCAGCAUCUGGGAGGAGGUCUUUGCCGGCUGGUCCGUCUGGGCCGUAACCUCCCACGGCGCGCGGGAACCCGAGCCGCUCCUGUACGGCCCGCCGAACCGGCCGUUCCUGACCGUGACGCCCGUCGGCCACGCGCCCGCCCUGUGCGGGCUCGUGUGCCGAGAGGCCCGGGAGCAGCUGGCCAAGAGCUACGGCUCGCCGCUCCGCGCGCUGAGCUUCGCCGCCAAGGACAGCGGCGUCUACUGGGUCAACAUGGACCGGGCGGUGCUGUACCUGGGCAACGCCACCAACGCCGCGGGCGUGCUCGACGGCUUCGCGCCCGAGGAGCUGGCCAAGGUCCAGCACGUCGUCCUGCUCUGGGACAACGCCUCGCCCGCCCCCGUGUGCCCGCAGCUCGCCGCGUCCUGCCCGGACCUCAAGACCAUCGUCGUCCAGCGGCUCGAGGGCCCGGGCGCCAGCGCCGCCGCCAGGAAGUAUCCCCAGCCGCCGCCGGCGUCCAUGGCCCCGGCCUGCCUGUCGCUCGUCCGCUCCUCCGGCAAGCAGUCUACUCUGAUGCAGCUGUACGCCCAUUACUUCGGCUCGCAAGUCCUGGUGCACUUUGCGAAGCCGCGCCCGAGGCUGCUGGUGCUGUCCAUAGAUGUCGCGUCGUAG